AUGACGGACCAAUUUGCUUUCUCAUACCCGUCUCCACUUGAGGGCUACGAAAACCUCGAACCAUUGACUGAUGGAAAGACCGAGGAUGGAAAGUCCCUCAAGAACCCCCAACAUGGAAUCUUAAGUAAAGCAUACGAGGAAUUCCCCGACCCUCUCGCUAAAGGUCGCCGUGGAGGUUUUGAUAUCCAUAUCUAUCACUUUCAGAAUAAUCCAGAUCAAGUCGCAUACGCCAGAGCUCUACAUGAAAGGAUCAGACGCGAAUUCCCCGAGCUUCGCAUUUAUACCUUCUUCAACAGGCCAAUUGGGCCUCAUCCGGUCGCCAUGUUCGAAGUCAACGUCUUCACGCCUGCCCAGUUCGGUGCGUUUGUACCUUGGCUAGUUAUCAAUAGGGGUCCGUUGAGUGCCUUGAUACACCCAAACACGAUCGAUUCAGAGGAAGAACGGAAUCAUACGCAACGUGCUACAUGGCUUGGAGAGAGGAUACCGUUAGAUUUGACGGUAUUCAAGCAGAUGCGAGAGGCGGAGAAGAAGAAAUAG